UAUAUAGCUUAUGUAUCGUUUGUAGGCCUGCUUUCAUCCUGAAAACUUGUGAACAAGGGAGCAAAGGCGCACGCUUGAUUCCCGCUUGAUUGCUCCUAGGCAAGUCCUGAGGCGCCUCUGUCUUCUUCUGUCCGAGCGUGCUUCCAUUUCUGACGUUCCUUGCGAGGUUUGUAUCAUCAACUUGAAGCAUGGGGGGAGAGGAGCCAAUGGUAAGCAAGCUCGCCGAGAGCAGGUUGGAUUCAGGGGAAAUCAAGGGGAAGCUGCAGGCGGAUGGUUCCAAGCUGAAGGAAGCGCACGCAGACGACAAAAUGGAGGUCUCCAGCAAGGAUGCAACCAAGGAGGAGCCUGAGAAGAAGGAGAAGGACAAGGAGGGGAAGAAGGACAAGGAGGAGAAGAAGGAGAAGAAGGAAAAGAAGGACAAGAAGGAGAAGAAGGACAAGAAGGACAAGAGCAAGUCAGAGGACGAGGAGAGCGCAGAUGAUGAGGAAAGCGGUGACGAGGAGGAGCGCAAGAAGAAGAAGAAGGAGAAGAAGGACAAAAAGGAGAAAGAGAAGGAAGAGAAGAAGGAGAAGAAGAAGAAGGAGAAGGAAGAUAAGGAGAAGGAUCCGAAGUACCUGCACGAGAAGCUUGAGAAGAUUGCGAAGAAGAUGGAGAAGCUUCUGGAGAAGAAGUCCAAGUAUGAAGAGAAACUGGCCUCCACACAUGCCUCUGACUCUAAGGUUGGCUCUUCGAGCGAGCACAAGUCUACGGAGGAGCCUGUACCUACCAUCCUCACCUUUUAGAGAGGCAACAAUCACUGUUGUAAGUUCCAUCUAUUGGCAAUUGGAGACCCUUUAGUCUAUCCAGCAAGUACUUGCAGGUGGGGGCCAAGUAGAUGCGUGUGCUGUUUCAUAGUGAGCUGCUUGGGAAAGACUUAGGUAGACCGGAAGCAUAGCCGCUGGGGUUUCUCAGAAGUCCUAGCGCAAGAGAAGUGGUAUCAAGAAAGAGGGUUAAGGUCUGUUUAAGCAGGCGGAGUUGCUUAGAAAAACCCUUAUCUAGUGUUUGUGUGGCCUAAUUAGGGUGCAACUUAGCUGUAGUAGCUCAGAUCAAGUGACCAUCAAAGGUACGACGAUACUUAUGCGAGCUGCUUUCUAGGUAGGAUUUAGGUUGUUUGAGCAUGUUGAUACUUAGUGAAAGGCUGCAGUGCUUUACUCUCUUUCAGUUGGACGUGCGCCCAAUCAACGGUACCUGCAUGAGCUACAGAGGAUGUGAAUCUUAGGUUGGCGGCGCUUGACUUAAUGUGAAACCUGC